UUUCUGAUCUUCGCUAUAUAUCAUGAUAAGUAGUGCCACUGAUCUUGAGCUCGAAACAUCCCUUACCCUAAGCCGCCACUGAACAGUAGACUAACUUUGCAAUAUGGUUCCUCCAAUUCCUCCACUGCAUGGAGAUCUGAUGCUCGAUGUCUUCACACAUCGCACUUUGACCCAAGGUGUCCUCAAUGACCACACGCCACAUGGAAAUAGUGAUAGACUCGCACAACUCGGACAGUCGGUGAUGAACACCAUCGUAACAUAUAUACUAUUUGCAGAAAGACCUAUGUUGUCUGGCGAAGAGCUGAAGACCAAACAGGAGCAAACCCUAAGCGAUGAAAACAUGGUUGCUUGGCUUGCUGCAUAUGAUACCGAACUGAAGAAACGUGUGAGACUCGGAGGAGCGAGAGGUGUUCUCGAGGACCCCGAGGAAGCUCGAUUCCUUUUCAACAGCUACGUUGGAGCCAUCUGUAUUCAAGAUGGCUUGCAGGCAGCAACUGACUGGGUCAGCAAACUUGUGAAACCCGAGGAUCAACCACCGGCUUUGGUAGAUGACUCGCAAAACCGCACUUUUCCAACGGUGUCACCUGCGUCACCUUCCAGACCUGCCAGUACGUCACUCCCGGCAUCCCCUCAGGCGGGUACGUCGCAAGCCGCCCCACCUCCAUAUUAUCCGACCCCCCCGCAAGCAUCAACAAUACCUUCAGGAGUUCCCCAAGGUACACUUGCUCUGUUCAAUCAGACUUGUCAUCAACGGGGGAUUUCUGUCGAGUGGAUCGCUUCAGCAAAUGGUCCAAAUCAUGAUCCGAGAUGGGAAGUGAGAUGUAAAGUGAACCAAGUUGAGCGGGGUUUUGGUCUCGGUAGAAACCAGAAAGUGGCAAAGGAAUCAGCGGCCUAUGAGGCGUACCUGUAUAUGCAAAGUAUUGGUUGGACCUUGCCAGAGCCGGAACCGACUGCGUAGACUUCGGGCUUGUUCUUGUUCUUGUAUUUUUUGUGUUCUUGAUUGUAUCAUCUCCAUUGCGUGUCGUUGGUGUGGCCUGCUCGCACAAUACAGUCAUUCAUUCGCUUCAUAUCCAAUUUACGGUCACGGUCACUGUAAACAUCGAAUAUAUCAUGACACCCUGUCCAGCGACCCAAAAAAAAUUGA